AUGCCGUCCCAAGUGCACGAGUCGCUGAUCCCGUCCACCUCGCCGCUCCUCGCCCCCUCGCACCCUUCGCACCACCACCACCACAGCUCGCGCAACCGCAACUCGGCAGACUCGUUCACGCUCCAGUCCAACUACCGCAACCCCGACAUCCCCAACGACCUCGAGUUCCUCGCCCCCGGCCAGUGGGACGACGACGACCACCACCACGACCUCGACCUCGACCACGACGACGACGACGACGACGCGUCCGACAGCCAGGACGACGACGACUUUGACCAGCUCGACGAGGACGCAGACGUCGAGGACUGGACCCUCGAGGACGGUCACGUCGAGGGCGUCGCUCGCUCAAACCUCCGCCUCGACGCCAAGCAGUACAAGCAGGACGACUUCCUCGCCCUCCUCCUCCCGCUCUUCCGCGACCAGUUGCGCAUCCCCGGCUGGGUCUCGCUCCCGCCCGACACGCCGCCGUCCCUCAUCCAGAUCCACAAGAUCUCGGGCGCCUUGACCAACGCCGUCUUCUUCGUCUCGGUCCCCGAGACCGAGUGCGACGUCGAGGUCGCCGUCACGGUCGAGUCGCCCGGCGUCUUCCCUGCUGGCCCGCGGGUCUUGACGCCCCUCACCGUCCUCGGCGAGCUCGAGCGCGGGCGCCAGGCGGCCCAAACGCCCGUCCCGCGUCACGACCCGCGCGACGACACGCCGUCGUCGCCGCACUCGGAGCCGUCGACCCCGGUCGUCGAGACGAGCAGCCUCCCGGGCUACCUCCCGACCGAGGACGACACGCCGCCCGACUCGCACGCCAACUCGCCCUUGUCGACCGAGGCGCCGCCGACCCCGACCGAGCCGCGCACCCGCACCGAGCGCGUCGUCCUCUCGGCGCCGACCCUCCUCCUGCGCAUCUACGGGCCCUCGUCGGGCUCGCUCAUCUCGCGCCGCAACGAGCUCCACAUCCUGCACACGCUGUCGUCCCAGUACGGCAUCGGCCCGCACGUCCUCGGCACGUUCGCCAACGGCCGCGUCGAGGAGUACUUUCACUCGCGCGCGCUCGACAAGGACGAGAUGCGCGACGCGCGCCUCAGCCGGUGGAUCAGCCGCCGCAUGCGCGAGCUGCACUCGGUCGAGCUCGACCGCAUGGUGCCGCCCUGGAGCGAGCAGGACGAGGAGCGCGAGCGCGAGCAGCGCGCCGCGAGGCGGGCCAGGAGCCGCAGCCCGAGCGGCGCACCGGUACCGCACGACGAGCGCCCGGGCCCGAAACCGCUGUCGAGCGCGAGCGGCAACAAGUCGCCCGUGAGCGGCGCGAGCGUCUACUCGACGUCGUCGAGCUCGAGCGUCUUCUCGUUCGGCACGACGUCGUCGUCGUCGUCGGUCCGGUCCUUCUCGUCGUCGUACUCGACGUCGUCGCUCGCGUCCGUGUCGACGCUCAACUCGUUCGGCACGCCGCGGUCGCUCGUGUCCUCGCCGGCGCUCCUCCCGCACCGCCAGGCGAGCGAGUCGCGCGCCGACGACAAAAAGCGCUCGAGGCGUCGAGGGACGGGCAGCAGCAGCAGUCGGCGCCGCACCAAGAAGCAGCACAAGCUGUGCGUGUGGGAGAACAUCACGCGGUGGACGCGCGAGGCCAAGAACGUCCUGCGCGAGCUCGACGAGCUCGCCCAGCUGCCCGGCCUUGCCCGCCUCGUCUCGACCCCGUCCGCCGCCUCGUCGCCGACCGGGCCGCUCUCGCACGAUGGCGCGUCGACCUCGUCGUCGACGUCGGCCGAGCACGUCCCGCCGCUCGCGUCGGUCACGCGCACGUUUGCCAUCCGCGCCGCGCUCAACCUGCCCCAGUUCGAGCAAGAGCUGCGCCUGUACCGCGCGUUCGUCCACGCGCAGGAGCGCGCGUCGGGCCACUCGAAGCGCGUGUUUGCGCACAACGACACGCAGUACGGCAACCUGUUGCUCAUGACGCCGACGAGCGGUGGGCGCGAGGCCGAGGACGAGCUCGAGCGCAAGGCGAGGCGCGAGGGAGGGGCCCACAAGAGGCUGAUCGUCGUCGACUUUGAGUACGCCGGCGCCAACCCGCGCGCGUUCGACAUCGCCAACCACUUUUGCGAGUGGCAGGCCGACUACCACCACCCGUCGCUGUCGCACUCGCUGUCGGCGCACCAGACGUACCCGACCCAGUCGGAGCGCGCACGUUUCCUGCGGGCCUACAUCGGCUCGGACGGCGGCUUUGACGGUCCGGCGUCGGGCGAGGGCAGCGCGGCGAGCGGCGGCGGGCGCGACGACGCGCGGGUCGAACGGCUCGAGGAGGAGGUGCGCGUGUGGCAGCCGAGCAGCCACGCCCAGUGGGCCGUGUGGGGCAUCGUCCAGGCCAAGGAGGACCUGCUCGCGCGCAUCAAGUCGUGGAAGGACAAGGCGGCGAGGGGCUCGCGCGCGACGUCGUCCGCUCCUUCGCCAUUGCCGUCCCCCUCGCCGUCGCCGAGCGCGCUCGUCGACCAGGUCAAGGAGCUCGGGCUCGACGACGCCGACGAGCUGGUCGACCUCGACGACAUGGAGGAGGUCGGCGAGGUGUUCGACUACCUGUCGUACGCGGCGGAGCGCAUGAACAUGUUCCGGAGCGAGCUGCGCGAGCUCGGCGUCGUCUCGUCGUAGAAAGGGGGUCUGUCGCGGGCUGCAAUAGCAUGGAUAGUGACUGU